GCCUAUCCGAUAUAUGGCCACGGAUCACUGGCUUUCCGUAACCCUAACUUCCUUAUUCUGUUUAGCGCGUCGUCUAAGCGAGCAGCGAACGACUGGAAUCCGUCAAACAGAACCCCUGGAAUCCGUCCCCCAUCCUGUGCCUAGAUCCUAUUAUAAUAGUAGGCAAACUUUUAGGCUUUAACCUAAACUUGCCCCCGCCAGUGUUUUUUUUGCAAAAAUGUACAGAUGUGGUGGUGUUUUGCCGCAACCCUAACUGCGCGGUGGAUUUUGAUUUUCCUGCGCGCGCAGGCAUCGCGCGCGCAUUGCCGCACCAGCUACCAGCGCCCCGCCCGCAGACCACCACCUAACCCAGCGACCACAACAACAACCGUGACUGACAACACAGCUCUCUACUUCCUUGCUGUGCUCAUGGCAUUAAUUCUCUAGCGCAGCGACAGCGCUGUUAAUUUUAUUAUUCCUUUUGCUAGGAAACGCGCAUAGGGUCUGCAGUUUG